CGAGUGGUGGCUAAUAAGCAAGAAACCAAGGAAGAUGGAAAGAAAAAAUUUCCCAUUCGCCUCCCAAGAAAUCUUGCCCCGAUUUUACGCUUCGUCGCGGCCAGCGAUUGGACCUGGGUCGCAUUUCCGCGGCAAUGCCGACCGAGAUGCGCGUCUUUUCGCAGCCACAAAGUGAAGGCCAAGCGCUAGAGAAAGCCGCUAGAAGGAUGCACAGAAAGUCGUAGCUCGCUCAGGGAUUCAGCUUCUGCGCCCUUUGGAUUACACCUCCUUUGUUAGGCUCGUCGGAUGUUUUGAUGAGACGAGGCAGCUCGAGGAUGGACGGCGUCGAGGCCGGAUAUGGCGAUUUGCCUCAACCUUUGGGGGGGUCAAAGAGCGCCUUGGAAAUGACGCAGUUCAAAGGCCCUUUUAAUUCUACACUCAGUCAGGUUGUUUUCCCUCUGGCUAUCACGGCGUUACCUGUGCCGAGACUGGUUUAGCCCCAUCAAACUCUUCAUCAGUUGAUGGGUCUUAUAUGGGGCAAAAGUGAGGGUCUCGCCAGAAUGAUAAGCUGGACGGCGGUAGUGUAGUGUAGCAGUAGUAACGUUGAUGUGUCGAGUUUGGAAACGCCAAAUACGACCUUCUAAGACAAUAAAGUUCAGCCUGCCCGACCUUGUUUUCACUCCCCCUUGUCUGCUGUCUGCUUCCCUUGUGUGGUGUUGUGAUAUAUACAAGCGGGUGUGGCUCUUCCUGUGUCCCCUUCGCCUUCGCUCUUGUUCCCGCCAUACCUCUCUGAUCGAUCUUCAGUGCUCCGCCUCUGACUCAAUUCCCAUCUUUUUUUUGCUCCCUUCCGGCUUCUGGAGCAAAGAAAAGAAACGAAAAGAUGGCCGCUGGCG